AAUACUGCUGCUGCAAGAAGAACUUUUCAGUAACUAAUAUUUAAUCAAUAAUUUUAAUAUUUUAGUAAUUAUCCUUGUUUACACAUAUAGCUUGUAGUAAUAGUGCAAUUAAAAGGGGAGGUCUUUAAUUUGUGGUGCUAGUGAAUAUUUGUCUAGUCUUUGGUCAUACUGUUAAAGAUAAAAAUGACUUCCCUUCUAUUAGUUUUUGCCAUUCUGAAGCUCAUUUCAGCUUUGCCAUAUGCAUAUCCUGUACCUGCACAAAUCUCAAGUGAUUAUCCCACAGGACUAGAGUACGAGGGAUCUGUGGCACUAAACAACGAUCGUAAUGAAAUCAUUAGUCCAUUGUCUAAUGUUGGGGAUGUGGUUAACAGUAAAAUUAACCAAGCUGUAAAUGCCAAAAGUAUCCAAUUUGCAACUCCCUUCCCAGAUUCCGGCAGGUCAUCAGCAGUAUUAGAAACAGCAGCAAAAGAAUCAUUACCAAUACAGUUUGAUAUUAAAUAUGGUAAUCUUCAACAGUUUGUUGCCAGCUUACUACAUCCAAAACCAAUAGUGGAUACCAUACAGGAGUACGAAAAAUAUGGCAAUGAUGGCAGUAAAGGGAGAGCUUUUAGCACUUUUGUUAUCUCUGGUUAUGAAGGGUUGUCUAACGCUUUGAAUGCCCUCGUAGAUGUACCGUUCCAAGCAUCAAAAACAAUCGGACGCCAGUUAACUACUUCGUUAAAUCAAGUUGGGGGUAAAUUAGUAGGAUUGGCUUAAAAUAACUUCUUCUUGUUUCUUUUCUUUCUUUAAAGAACAUUCUUAAAAUAAGAAUAAUUUUUUUGUGUUAGAGGGGUUUAAGCUUAAAGUGAAAGUAUAAUUUCAUUUUACCGAACCAAAAUAAACUGCCAUUAUAAGUGUAAAUAUAGUAUAUAGAUAUUUUUAUAAAUUUAUUUAAAUAAACGUUUUUCGUUAUA